CUCUUGGGCAAGUGCUGCUUUGGAGCAUCACAAUCCGGAAGCUCGCACUGAAAACCAGAGGGCCCGCUGACUUUACCGGUACGCCAACGAGAUCGAUUAUUGAGACGAUUGCCGUUUUGCGCGCAAACUCACUGUCCGCCCUCCGUUGGUCUGGCGAGCCGUGGGCAGGUCCCGCCCGGCCUCCCUUACGUCACCGACAUAUCGCCAGAUCAGAUCUGCAACCUCCUUCGAAAGCACCAUCUUCGCCAUCGACGCCGUACUCGUCGUUUACCGUCACGACCCGACUCGACCCGACCCGACCCGACCGUCGACUGCGAGCUAGAGGUGCCCCAGGGAGGCAGCGAGGCGUGUCGCAACCAUGGGAAAUGCAAGCACAAAGGAGUCGCGCAGCGGGGAUGCCAGCCAUCGUGCCCACCACUCGGGGGCCCCUGUCGCCCACGAAACCGGUGGCGGUGCAUCCCUGCAGCCCGAGAGGUCAUCGGGUCGUAGACACCGAGCUAGCCGAGGCGAUCUGGGAGGUAUUUUGGGAUUGGGAUCAGGCGGAGGCUCGAGCUCGCAACCAGAACCGCCUUACGAACGUCGCGAGACCAAGCAGGAGAGGGAGGCCCGGAGGCUCGAGAGGGAGCGGCUUGCGAGGAUCGCCGAGAGAGAGCGGAGCAUGAAGGAAGAACACGUUGAUGGCGGGUAUCUCGUGACUAUGGGAAUCUACACCAGUCCAGAGGACUUUAACAAGCAGAUUGUCCGACAACUCCAGAUUGAGCGCAAGCUGGCCCCCUUCUGGCGAGGGCUGAAUGACUUCAGCGACCAAUGGACCGAACCUCAGAUCAUUGCGGCUGCCCGCGGGUUGCCCAUCCCCCCUGCCGACCAGACGCCUUCUGAAGAGCUCAUUCCGCGGCCGCCCCCAGCAAGGUCACGCGAGGAGACGGCACCCGACCUGGACAGCCUUACGGUCCCGAUCGGCGACCGUUCGCCGUCCGCCACUUCUGAGCCUGGCACAUCCAAUCCAGCCUCGGCGCUCUCAUCGCCCGUCUCCAGUCAACACCCGAGAGCGAGCUCUCCUUUCAGGCCACGCGGAAAAGCCAUUGCUUCUGUCUUCGGCGCGAGCUCCCGGAAUGGGUCCACAACCGAGAUCGCUCCGCGCGAAGUGCAAUUACCGCAUGAUCCGUUCGUCAACGGACAGCCUCUCGAGGUCUUCCUGUACAAGGACGCCACCGAGUGUCCCAUUUGUUUCAUGUCGUACCCACCCUAUCUCAACCAUACCCGAUGUUGCGAUCAACCAAUCUGCAGCGAAUGCUUUGUCCAGAUCAAGCGGCCAGACCCGCACUUCCCAGAGGGACACAACGAAAACGACCCGAAUCACAACCCCGAAGAGGCCGCUGGACUCUUAGUCUCGGAACCCGCCUGUUGCCCAUACUGCACGCAACCCGAUUUUGGCGUCGUCUACGAGCCGCCACCCUUCCGGCGGGGCUUGGCCUACGCCAUCUCCCCAACCGCGCUGGGGACCACCAGCACUGCCAUGUCCUCGAGCAGCUCGGUAAACUCGGUGAACGCAUCCGGAGGACUUGGGUCUCCUUCCAGCGGCACAGGCCGCCGGCGGAAUCAGUCUCUUUCUGCCAGCAGCCCGAGCGUCGUCCUGACGGAUCGAAUCCGGCCCGAGUGGGCAACAAAAUUGCAGGCGGCACGGGCCCACCAGGCAAGGAGAGCUGCCGCUGCCACGGCACUGCAUGCCGCGGCGUUUCUCAUGGGCAAUUCUGAUAACCGGGCCUUCCGCAGCCGGUUUGGGCGGCGAAACACCGGCGGGUCAGGAUCCGCGGCGGCCAACAACGGCGAUGGCGAGAACGGAGACAGUGGCUCCGGAACGCCCUCGCAGAGUGGUCCCGAUCAGAGCCGCAGAGGAGGGUCCGGUGGCGGUCGCGGGAGCGGACGGACCAACAUCGAUGACCUCGAGGAAAUGAUGUUCGCAGAAGCGAUCCGCUUGUCACUUGCUGACGAAGAGGAACGGAAGCGCAAGGCGGAGAAAGAGGAGAGGAAAGCGGCCAAAAAGCGUGAGAAGGAGGCGCGGAAGGCGGCAAAGGCGGCUGCGAAACAGGCUGGGCCGUACGAAGGCGCCAGCAGUCGCAGCGGUCAAACCUCGGCCAGCGGGAGCAGCCUGAGCCUGCCUGGUUUAAGUUUUGGGAGGAAGCGAGGGAAUAGUGCUGCCAGCAACCUCCGAGUCGAAGCCAGUGUCGCCAGCGCCCUGGCUGCCGGCGACUCCCCGGCCCCGGAUUUAAAUUACAAAGACAAAGGCAAGGGCGUCGACCGCUCUUUGCAGACAGAUAGUACUCUUACGACUGCUGCUGAUCCGGCAGUUCCGGGAAGCUCGGCCAAUCCUUCAACUUCGCGGCCGACCCCUCACCUUCCAGCUGGACCAUCUCAUCUCCGCCAGAUGAGCAAUGCCUCGUCGGUUUCAUCAUCAGUUCUAGACAGCCAGCACGGCAGCUACAGCUCACCUUCCCACUUGCAAGACCCAUGCGGCAGCGGCCUGAGUCUUGGCAGCCGGUCUGGCGCCAGCGAGGAUGGGGGCGACCAGGACCGAGAUCGGGACCCAAGCGCCAGCACGGAGCCGAUGUUCAACUUUAGGAGUCUGGCAGAGGUCGUUGGCGUGAGCCUGGAAGGAAAGGAUGCCGGUGGGGCUCCGAGCCAGACCGAGGCCGAGCGGGCAGCUCAAGAUUCUGCACACCCCGAGUCUCUCGAAGAUGAGAGGGCCAGGAUUGAUGAGACUGGGAAUGCCGGUCUCGCACCUGAGAACAGGACCACAGAGGGGGUGAGGGAGAAUAAGCAAGCCGAGCCUCACGAUACCGCCGAUACGGCGCCAGCCACCUCGAGCCCAAUCCCUGAAGUCACAAUCACACCCGAUACGCCGGCAACGGUUAGCGUCGAUGAUGAUUCGAAGCAGAUUGGCGGCGAAGCCGCCGUGGAGCGGGUGGACAUGGCCACGCAAUAGCGGCACGACAAGCCCUCUUCUCGUCUCCGAACAUAGCAGUUGAAGAGCACGACG